AUGACUGCCAGCACUUUCAAGUCUGUUGGCCCGGAACUUGCGGCGCUUCUGCCCCCAAAUGACACGCCAUGGUACAAGAAGCGAAACCAAGUCUUCCUCAACUUCUGCCUCGCAUGCCUCUUCCUCCUCUCUUCGGGUAACGGCUACGAUGGAUCAAUGCUCAACGGCUUGCUCGCCCUCCCGCAUUGGCAGUCGUUUAUGCAUCACCCCAGCGGCGCCUGGCUCGGAUUCGUUAGCGGCGCCUCAUCCCUCGGUGCCAUGUUCUUCUACCCCGUCGUCGCAUGGUCCUCUAAUCGUUUCGGUCGUAAGCCAACUAUCCUCGUGGGCUACAUCUUCCUAUGCCUCGGAGUGGGUCUACAGACUGGAGCCACAAACAUACCUAUGUUUGUGGUAUCACGCGUUAUUGUUGGUAUUGCUAGCGCUUUUUUCGGCGGUUGCGUGCCUCUGCUGGUCACCGAAACGGCCUAUCCCACUCACCGCGGCGUUUUCACCAGUCUCUACAUGUGUGGGUGGUACGUUGGCUCGUUCCUCGCCGCCUGGUCCACGUACGGCACCCGCAACUACGACAAUUCUUGGUCCUGGCGUAUCCCAUCCGUUCUCCAACUACUACUUCCCAUCGUUGCUCUUCCUGGACUCAUAAUGAUUCCGGAAUCUCCGCGUUUCUUAGCCUCCAAAGAGCGGCACCAAGAGGCUCGCGCCUUUCUCGUCAAGUACCAUGCGGAAGACGACGAGACGUCCCCCUUGGCAGCGUUCGAGCUUGCGGAAAUCACCCGGAGCAUCCAAAUGGAGCGUGAGUCGCAGAAAAGCACCACUUAUCGAGAAAUGGUUGCCACGGCUGCCAACCGGAGAAGAACAUUCAUCACCGUCUUCCUGGGAGUCUUUGGCCAAUGGGCCGGCCAAAAUGUUGCAGGCUAUUACCUGGCUCCAGUGCUUACUACCAUUGGCAUCACCACCAUCACGAAGCAGACUCUCAUCAACGGGUUCUUGCAGAUCUGGAAUCUGGUCUGCUCCCUGGCCGGUGCAUUCAACGUCGAUCGUGUUGGACGCCGUGUUCUCUUCCUGGCGGCCACUACUGGCAUGCUCAUCUCUUACAUCCUCAUCACCGCGCUUUCCGCGACCUUUGCCAAGGGAGGAUCGGCAACGGUCGGUACAGCUGUUGUCCCGUUCCUCUUCAUUAUGUAUGGUUGCUACUCUCUGGCCUUCACACCCCUGCUAGUGGCGUACCCUGUCGAGAUCUGGCCAUACAACCUGCGUGCCAGAGGCCUUUCAAGCAUGUGGGUGUCGACAGCUAUAGCCGUCUUCUUCAACAUCUUCAUCAAUCCGAUCGCACUCGAGGCGAUUGCAUGGAAGUACUACCUGCUCUAUGUCUUCAUUCUCGCCGGUGGCGGUGUUGUCAUCUACUUCGCAUUCCCCGAGACACGAGGUCAUAGUCUCGAGGAGAUGGCGCGAAUCUUCGAAGGAGAGAACGCAUCGGUCCCAAAAGGCGUUAUCGCAGACAAGAUCGCAGCGUCUGGAAGUACGAGCCACAUUGACGAUAUUAGCGCGCCCCCGAAUAACGUAGCAGAGAAAGUCUGA